AUGCCUGUAACUCAAAGUCAGAAGCUACCGUCGUUACCGUCAUUGAAUGGCCCAUCGUCGUCCUUGAAAAGUCCGACCCGCCGGUUAUCUGUGUCGCUGUCGCUGCGCUACAAUCCAAUAUCAGUCAGCACCCGAUGUGAUGUCUCCAUCGCAAGAAUUCACAAGGACCGAGGCUCGCUCGCAUCGCCCCGUGGCUCCUCCAAGACCACCUCAACCUGGUCGCUUUCGUCCAUUCCUCAACAAUCCCCUGUACAUGGACGAGCCGCCACCACGCCGAUCCAACGCCCUCUCAAGAGACGAGUCCCGGUGAAGCUGUCGCAAUUCCCAUCAGGAUUGCCGACGUUGCCCUCAACCAGCUUGCCCCCGCUCCUUGGCCGACCAUCAAGCAAAUGUAAUCAGGUCGCUACCCAACUCCCAUCCACACAUCAAUCUCCAGUGAAUGAUUCACUCUUCGCGCCCUUGCGCUUGCAACUGCCGCCAGGAGGAACGAGCCGAGGUCAUCUUUUCGAGGUAGGCGACAGGGUGGUUGUUCAGAAAUAUUAUGAAGAAUAUGCUAUGCGGAGCGAGAGAAUGCAAGGCAGAUAUGUAUACACCACUGUCGAUAACACGGAGGUAUUAACGCAAGCACAGCCAGGCCACGAUCGAUUUUGCUGGAAUUUUUUAGUUGACGCGGAUAAUGUCCAGUGCUACGGCAAAGUUGGGGACGAAAUGUGGGACACGAAGGGGCGGGUCUUACCCAUCAGCGCUCGCACUCUACAUCCAGGCAGAUUUGUCAAAGAACCGGAAAUCAUGCUGACGUCGGUCUGGGUACCCGCUACUGCAGUCGAAACGGACAGCAAGGGCAUGUUGCCUUUGGUAGUGAGACCAAUCAAUGGACAAGACCGCGGAAUGGAUUUCCGGACCGCCACCGCGGUUACUCAGGCCGCAUUCGAAUCGUCGAAUACCACCACCGUAGAACGAUAUUUUCAAGUCAGACUGAGUAGCCAGAUAGAUCGCUUUCUUCGACCUUUCGAGCUAUUUCAGGCUCCGCUCUCAUCAAGUGGCUUUAUCACCUUCCGAAGGGCUGGUGACCACGAUGAACUGGAGGAGAAUACAAGCGUCUCGAACAUUCCGAUGCCAGUAAAAUGUGGCAAAGACAUUCACAAGAGCCAGAAACGCAAGAGGAACCUUAUGACCCAUCUUCAUCUCGGACGAAAAGAAGAGUUCCUAGACCUAGACAGGAAAACCAGAUAA